AUGUCAAACACAGGGAACUGUGGAGGUUGUGGUGCCAUAUGCGUCGUUGGCUCACCACCAACCUGUUGUGACGGAGUCUGUGCGGAUUUGAGCUCGAGUGUUGAUAAUUGUGGGGCGUGUGAUGCACCAACAUGCACUGGAACCCAACCCGCUUGCUGUUCUGGUGCGUGCAAAGAUCUCGAUAACAAUUUCGCCAGCUGCGGUGCAUGUGACUUAACUUAUAUGGCUAGCGCAACAUUGGAUGUCUAUCUGCUAAGAGAUAUUUUACUGAGUAGUGCACCGGACAAGUACCAGCGUGCUGCUCUGGCUCCUGCUUUGAUCUCGCCAAUGAUCCCCAGCACUGUGGUUCUUGCGAUGCAUCACCCUGUCUUGGACAGCAGGCUGGCUGCUGUGCGGGCACAUGUACUGAUUUUGCGACCUCAACUACUAAUUGCGGUUUUUGUAGUAAUACGUGUAACGGAACUACACCAGCUUGUUGCUCUGGGACUUGCAGUGACCUGA